UUUCGUUUUCAGUGGACGCCAUAUUGGAAGUGUCUGGUAUUUCCCGCCUAAAGGCAGAACUUUUUCAAUUUACACCGUAAAUUGAUAAAUUGGCGUUGUGACAUUUGAUCAUAUGAUCAGAAAUAUAUCAAUGUAACUACUACUGAAUGUAGCUCGUCUUCCAUCACGCGCCUUCAUUGCGAUGGUGCCCUUUUUGACGUUGGAUUGUUGACCCUUCCUGCAUCGACGCAAUCAUGAACAGAUAGGAUCAUUGCUGCUAACUAAUUCAACUAACUACAACUUACAUAAAACCUUAGACUGCGGACAUCUCUAAGAAUCAACCAUGUUCUGGAAGUUCAAUAUAUUGACUUCCUCUCACAUUGACUCGCUGCUUGACAAGGAGGAUGUUACAUUGCGAGAGCUUAUGGAUGAAGAUGAUAUCCUACAAGAAUGCAAAGCUCAGAACAGAAAGCUCAUCGAAUUCAUCAUCCAGCCAGAGAACAUGGAGGAGAUGGUGCAGCUCAUCACAAAAGAUCCCCCUGACGAUGUGGACGAGAAAAUGAGAUUCAAGCCCGACACAUUGUGUUUCAGAUACCCGAACACAGCCUGCGAGGUGCUGACAUCCGAUGUUACCCAAAUAAAUGACAAGUUGGCCGGGGAUGAAGCACUCAUAGAUAAACUUUAUGGUUUUCUUGAGGGGGAGAAACCGCUAAACCCAUUGCUCGCUAGCUUUUUCAGUAAAGUGAUGGGUUUAUUAAUUACACGGAAAAGUGAAAUGAUAUUUGAAUACCUGAAGAGUAAGAAAGACUUUGUGGGCAGUUUGUUAGAUCACAUCGGCACCUCAGCAAUAAUGGAUUUACUACUGCGAUUGAUCACUUGUAUAGAGCUGCCAGACGUGCGCAGAGCUGUGAUAGAUUGGUUGAAUGACCAACAUGUGGUCGAGCGGCUUGUAGCUAGCAUAGUCCCAUCAACAGAUGAAGAUAUUCACUGCAAUGCAGCCCAGUCACUCUGUGAUAUUGUACGUCUUGGAAGAGAACAAAUUAUUCAACUACAGGACUCCUCUGAUCCAGAUCCCUUGUUGGUUACAAUGGAGCUUGAGGAAACUGUGGCGCAGUUGUUAAAGAAUCUUCUGGACACUGAAAAGAAUGAGUCUGUGUUGGUGAAUGGGUUAUUUGUCAUACACACGCUUCUGGAGGUUCGGAAGCAAGGGACCGAGGGAGCAGCUGAACACAUGGCCGCUUUUGACACCGAACGUCUCACUCAGGGAGUCAACAGUGUGCUAGCAGCAAUAAGUCCAAGGUUAAAAGACUUUCACCAACUCUUGCUAGAGCCUCCAAAGCAACGUUUCUGUGCAAUGCCAACAACGUGUGGGACACUUGAACCCCCACUCGGCAACACACGUCUCCAGAUAGCCAAACUGGUCACAGCUCUUGUAUCCACAAACACACACUCUGUCAAUGUAGAACUAGCCAAUCUCGGGACCACGAGAAUUCUACUGGAUCUCUAUUUUAAGUAUGUGUGGAACAAUUUCUUACACACGCAAGUGGAGCAGUGUAUUAACACAAUACUCAAUAACGUUCCUGUAGAAGUGGAAAACAAGAAAGAAAAUCCUCUCUUAGUUCAACUAUUUUCAGAUUGUAAAAUAAUUCAGAGAUUACUUGAUGAGUGGGAAGAAAAUGAGCAACAACAAGCCCGAGAAGGCGGUAGAAGGCGAGGUUUUAUGGGACAUUUAACAAAAAUGGCUAACACACUAGUAUCAAGUUUAGAAAAGGGAGAAAAUGCAGAAUUUGUCAAAGAUUGUUUUAAUGAAACACCAGAAGAUUGUCGACAAAGGUGGGAAAGAUUUGUGUCGGGGACGUUAGCAGAAAUAAAUAAGAAGAACACAGUAGAAUUGAUACGAGGUCACCCAUUAGCUUCCAGCAGUGAAGAAGACGAUGGUGAUUUCAAAGACAUUCCUUUCCCUCAGGACACUGCCAUGCAACAGGCCUUCUCUGAUUACCAGCUGCAACAGAUGACAAGCAACUUCAUAGACCAGUUUGGCUUUAAUGAAGAGGAAUUGAUAGAACAGGAGGAAAAGAUUGAUUCACCGUUCAACGAGAGAAUAUCGAGUAUAGAUUUCAAUAUUCGGGCAAAUGAAGAAACGCAUCCGAGUUCCACCAUGUUUGAGCAGGCUGCCCAGGAGAAGAUCCAGCAGUUUGAUGACGACAGUGAGGAGGACAUCUGGGAAGAGAAACCUAUUUCUUUCGAUAAGACUGCUCAGCAAAACAGAUCAAGUAGGUUGUCAGGGGAGACAGCCCGCCACGAUAGUUCCGAGGAGGAUAGCACAGACAGCGAGGAAGAGAUCAACUCACCACAGAGGAUCACUCAGUGCCAACAAGCAGAGAAAAUGGAUGUUGAUGCUGGCUGGGCUAACUUUGAUGAUGUGCCGAUGGAGUCUGGUGAUGCUAUGGAGACAGGUGCUUCCUGGAGUCAGGACAGAUGGGCACAGCCAGCCAAACCAGCAGAAGCCAAUGGAGACAAUUGGGCAGACUUUUCCAGUGUGCAACGUCAAUACAAAGAACCUGUAAAUCCAAGAAGUUCUUCUCCAGUUGCCAUGGAUACAUCAGAAAACACAAGAGGUAGUGCUUAUGUGGUGCCUCAAGGGGGAAGCGACCUUGAAUCUGCCCUGAAAUCGCCACACACUGACCUUGACCUUGAGGAUGUGGAGAAUGAGGAGGAGAAAACAGAUACCAAAUCUUCAACUCCUAUUGCUACUUCUCAAUCACCACAAUCAUCCGAUAUCUCUCAGGACAAUCCGCCCCCUCCGCCUUCAACAAGUCCCCCACGUGAAAAUAAUAUUGAAGAAAGUGUUCGGCCUGAAGAAACUUCCAAACCCACACCCAAUAAGGUGAUAUCUGAAGAAUCAAGUCUGGACAAGAGCAAACAAGAUGAUAGGAGAAAAAAUGAAAUAUCUGAAGAAGAAGACAACCUGAAUGCAAACUAUAACUUCCUGGCAACCUCUGGUUUGAUCAAGUCCCCCACUCCAUCCUCCCCAUCUCCCCCUAGUGCCACACAACCCCCAGCCACAGACGAGGUGCAGGGUAACGGGCCCACACAAGAGCCAAGCACAGAUAAUGUAGACACAAAAGUUGAGGAGGCAAGAGCAAUGGCCAAAGAAGCCCUAGAGAACUAUAACAAAGGUGUGCCCGAUUCAUCUUCCAGUGUACCCAACGGCCCAGUUUGAGUCUGUGGCCCAAGUUAGAUAAAUAAGGAAACGAACACAUGCUAUGAGGCAGCUGCUUCUGUAUAUAAUGCCUUAUCAAAAACAGGGAUGCCUGUGAUAGCAGCCAGGCUUUUAACAGUUUUAAUCUUGUCCAUAAUGGCAAGCCAGUGUGUGUCCCGAUUCCCACCCAAAUGACCAUGCGACGACUCUUGUAGACCCCUCAUUGACAAAUGGCCAGCUCAAAGGACUCUGAUUUUAACCUCCAGAUAAAACUUUGUUGGCGUCGUCGGUAUGAUUACAGAUGGGCAUACAGCACUUGCGAUUCCUGUGAUGUUUUAGUUGUGCUAGCGAGAGAUGCAGAUAUUUGUUGGUCUUCAGUUGACAUCCAAGACUAGCAUCUGCCACAAUGUAUGUGAGUGAGAGAGUGAAUGAAUGUGUAACAAGAAUGCGUGGAUGGAGGGAGGACUGCCACGACGCUGUCAUGGUGCUUUUUAGAUAUGAUAAACAGACCUCCCUGCUGCAGAUGCAGGAACUCAGCAUCGGCAGGGGCGAGACCACAGCAAAAUCACAGUCCAAGAGUUACCCUUCUAUACCAACCUUGGUUGAUGCACUCAGCACUGGCAGACCUAGUGGUGUUUACCUACCACACUAAGUCAGCAUCGUUAUAAACAAAAUGUUCUGAAUGGAUUUUUUACAAAAAUGCUUGUCACUGGUAAAUUUAUAUUCACUAUGUUCUGCCAAUUUAUGCACAUUUAGAGCACUCCCAAUAUGCAUAUCAAUGAUAUUAAUUCUUGCAAAUCAUCUUGAUUGAAUGAUUGGCUUUUUGUAAUUGGUUCCCCAGUCUGUACAACUUCUGUGUAUGGAACAACACAUUCUACUGCUUAUGCAAGUGGUUUCGGAUUCUUUUCCCAUGUAUUUAGAAAUGGUAUGCAUACUUGAUUUCCCUAACUUUAGGUGGGGAUCUACUACGGUUUCAAUUAAAUCAAAAUGUAGCUGAUAUUUGUUAUCUGUACGGAACCUUUUGUCAAAUCAUAUCAGAAAGUUUAUCUUUACGAAGGUUUUGUGAUUCUGAUUUCCACAGCCAUAUUGUGUAUUUGUAUGCUUCUUGACAAACAAACUUACACACAUGGAAAGGUCAAAUUUGUUAUGUGUGUCACCUAUUUAUUGCCAUAUGUUCUGUUGACAGUGAAUUUAUGUGCUCCGAAGAUGCAUUAAUCGAUAGUGGUAGCAAAGGGUAAUCCAUCGUUUAUAAGGACAUGUAUAUUUUAAUAUUCUAUUUAAUUCACUUCAUGAAUCAUAAUUGCCAUAAUGCCUUUAGAAUUUUAGAAACGGCACUCAAUCUCUAACGUAAUUUUUUUGUGAGGGCAGUUGAAUUGUGAUAAUAUUUUACAUUGUAUCAGAUAGACAUUUUAUUUUCGUGAUUUUUGUCAACACCAAGACUCAAGUCACAUGCCUGUGUUAGGGGAGACAACUCUAUUAUUUUUUCACUGUAAUUGAAAAUAAAUAAUAUGUACAUUAUGGAGACAUUCAUGGUCUGUACUUUUGUGUUGUAUUCAAUAAUGCUCAGUAAUUGUCAGUCAGCUCAAGAUGGUAAUUUUCAUAAAGGUGUGAAAUUUCUUUCUUGAUGAAGAAAUAUUUGUUAUGCUUAAAUCAUGAUCUCGUAUUUCCAUUUUGUAUUCUCCGGCACAUGUUUUAAUUUUCACUUGGUAGACAGUCUUCCCUUUGCACACAAACUAGCAAUAUUUUAAGAAACUUAUGUUCCUAAUUUAUUUAUUGUGUUUAAACAGUAUAUAAGGCACAUGUUCACAAGAUACCAAAUGAUGUAUAUGUAAUAAGUUUGUAUUUGCAAUGUUGGAAAUGUAACCAGUCCAUCAUAAUCUCAUUUAUUUUCCCUCAAGUUUUCCUGUAAGUUACAUUUGUAAUUCCAAUCAUUGUCUGUGAAAACUGGAACUAAUGUAUUUGUUGAACAGCAUUUACCAAAUUAUAACAAAUGAUCAAGUGGCAAAUUUUGAAAUUAUUGCCAUGACCUGUUAUCGUGACUAGACCUGUUUUUCCUUCUCCUUUUUUUCACAAAACUACUUAUGGAUCUUAGAUAUAUGGAUUACUCCUGUUCAUUUUUUCCUAUUUAUGAAUCUGGAAUAUUGCUGUAAGUUUUGUUCUGAAUAUUCAUGUCCACAGACUUUGGCACAUACUUCGAAAAAUGUUUCUGUGCCUUUGAAUCUUCUUAGAUAAUUUGAUUUUGAAGUAUUUUAUACCAAUGCCCUCACUCUGCUCAUAGAUAAUCAUUUAUCAUGCAAGUGCUGAUCUGUAUAAUGUUGUAAAUAUUACUAAGUUUUAGAAGGAGAGUUUAUGUAAAAUACAUUACUUACAUUAUCCUAACAAAUUUGCAAGUUUCCAGUGGAACACUAACUAGGUAAUUGUUUUGUGAUACUUGUACAUACUGUUAUAUACAAAUCAGUGCAUUUUGUACAAGCAAGAAAUCUUGCCCUUAUAAGGCAUGUAAUAGUCAAUCCUGAAUGGUGAGACUGUGUGUAGCUACCGUAAUUGAUGGGAAUUGUUUACAUGGAGAUGUCUGUCUUUCCAUUCUUUCUUUACUGUAGCUCCUACACAAGAAUCCUUGCCAGUUUUACGUAUGUAUUGUGAUAAAACUUUCAGUUGAAUUCUGUUCAUGCUAAAAGCCUGUUUCAUGAAGCUGUCUCAGCUAGACUUAAGAGUGACUUGAGACAUUAGCUGUGAUUGCUCUUUGAAAUGGGAUCUUGGUUAUAUGUGCGCAUCACCAUCUUGCAGACUUGAUGCACUCUUUGAAGGCUUUUCUGUAGAAGUGCCAUCUGGAACCACAACUAGCAACCGAAAUACCCCAAGGUGCUUUCUAACAGCAUUGUCAUCCAUUACUGUAAGCAUUGCAGUUUAAUCACUACAUGUGUAUCACUUUGCUUUCCAAUGACCUACCAAUUGGCUAUUUGUUCUUACUACACUAUUGUAUGUGAAAAGGAGGAAGUGUAACGUGAGCGUAAAAGGUUCACAACGAUGUAAUUAAUUCAUCUUGAUGUGUUUUGAAGAGAAUGUAAUGUUUAAUGACCACCCCGAGCUCACGUUGAAACAUUGUUGUCCUAACACACUGUAGAAGAGCAUCAUGCACAUGGUAUGGGAUAAUGUUUAAUAUUGUUUGGAAAUAAUAUCAAAAAUAGAAAUGGCUAAUAUUAAAAUGUGAAAAUGAAUCUUUGCUGAUGUUAUUGUAAUUUCCGUUUAGCCUUCAAGGAACAUGGCAAUAACUGUACUUGAACUGAUUCUUUUCUUGCUUUUGUGAACCUCUUCAGGUCCAGCUUGCCAUUGAUGUUGUGCUAGUAGGGAUCAAGUCAUACAUCCCAUAUAGUUUACUACCUCACAGAAUUCACUGUGCAGUUGUCUUAACUAUGCUGUCAAUCACCCAAGAAUGCUGACAAGAACAUAUCUCUUAUGUUCCCUGAUUGCACUGCCAAGUAGGAACAAUUUCGACACCAUCUAGAAACAUCUUAUUGAACACUUCACUCUGGAACAGUUUCACAGGCAACUGUUAAAUGUAAUACAUAGGGUUUAUGAAGGAUGCAAAUGCUUGUGAAAUAUAUUCCAAUACCAAUUACUUUCCAUAAAUACAUGUCAAGAAGGGAAGGUCUUUCUUUUGUUCCGUUCAUGGCGUAAACUGCAAGUGGAAUACAGUGGUUGAAUAUUCUAGGCGUUAUUGAGGUCCUAUCCAGGCUUGUAGCUCUGGCAUAGAAAUAGUUACUCAUAGUCAGAGUUGUACUGUAUGUACUAUGGUUGUACUUAGCCUAAAGAUGUGCUGAAUGGGUGAAUUAUUGUCAUCAUUCAAUGUGUUCCGGCACAUAGCCAGUGAACAAAUCUAGGACUGACAAAAAUGUCUUUACCAUCUCACAAUUCAGUUUGAUGAGCAUUUUUAUGCAUUGAUAGGAUAGAGAUAAGUAGUCUUUGGAUCCUUUUUUUUUGACUAGUCAUGGGCUAGUGGCCUACUUUGUUCCUGGCAUUAUUAUUCUAUAUCCCCAAUAAACAUGUUCACUGAAGUAGGUCUAGAUUAUUCUGUAGAUUACUGGAAGUGGAAUGUACCUUAAAUAUCAUCACUAAAUCUAUGAAUGUUUCUCAGUGUUCAAAACGCAGAUAUCUUGUAAAACAACCGAUACGGAAAUACUCAUUAAAUCAUUUCACUGGGGGAAGCAAUUUAAUGUAUUAACAGCAUCAGACAUUUUUGUGACUUUGAAUACAAUGCUCAAAUUGUUCCGAUAAGAAGCAUCAUUGAAGUUUGAUCUCCAGUGAAAUCUUUGUAAGUUCACAUGUGUAUACCGGUAAUUGCAUCCUCAUGGCUGUCUCAGGCCGUUUGCUAACCUAACUCAUUCCUCGGUAACAUGUGCUGAUAAGGACUUCACAGAAUCAGCAACUUGUAUGCAUUAAACGAUUACACAGACAGUUUUUAGUUUGUUCAGUUAACUUGUGAAUGUCAUUGUGGAUGUUGUUAUAUCAUAACUUGAUACAAAUCAAACUGCCUGCUAAGUUUACUUGGCUAUGAUCUUGAUGUGACAAUUUACAGGGGGGAUAUGUAGAGAAAUCACGUUCUGAUCUGUUUUGGGUGUUGUCAUUUGUGAAAUUCAAAAUAUGAAUGGAAAGAAUAUAUCACAGAUACUGCCACAUUGUUAAGAUCCUGUGAAGUAUUUGCGUUUCAUAAUGAUUCUGAUUUGCAAUGGAAGCAUACCAUUUCUCAGAAGUAGCUAAUUUAUGUGGCUUCAUUUGCCUUUAAGGAUCACACUCCAUGGGCGAUAACAAGAUUUGAAAUUGAAGUGUGCUGGAUGAAGUAGAUCUGCUCAUGGACCCCCGGAAUAAGGCAGAAAGAAUCUUGACUUCAGUAUCAAUCCAUAUCAUUUACCAUUGAGAUGGACUAGUCAUGUAUUUUGAUUCUGUAUUAAGUGAUGAACCUGAUUGCCUAGAUCUUCUCCCUAUGAAAUCUGUCCGUCAAAAUAGCCACAAUGGAUCCAGUACCUGCUGUAGAUUAUGGGGGCCUGUCCCUCCUUAUUGAUGUGUUGUUUUGUCUGCUGUUGUUCAGUGUUUGUUGUUUUGUCAUUCAUGACGUCCCCAUCACUCCUGUAUGUAUUUGUGCAGAGUCCAUACACACACUAGUUUUGUUGACCUCAAAGAAUAUCUAAAAAUGAAAUAUUGUCAAUUCUGAAACUGAUCUGUCCUUAUAACAUGUCUGAUUUUGGAUACAACAUUAAUCGGUUACCUGAUCCAGUUUGUGUAGGUUUGUCCUUAGAUGCUUCUGUUUCCCUGAGCUGCUAUUCCAAGUGUGAUGUGCAUUUAUGAGCUGCUGUAUGACCAUUGAGGGAUUUUUGUGUAAGGUUACAAGUAGUUUCUAUUAUAUGUUUUACUUAUCGAGUUUCUAAUCAAAUUACAAGAAUGUGGGUCUUCAUUCAAGAAUAUAUUCUUUUGAAGUGUUGUUCAUAGAGUACCAUAGUUGAGUAGUAUAAAAUUAGGCCAAAGUAUUAGUCCAACAUGGUAAUAAUUUUGUGGUGAGCGAUUUUAGUUUUGACCUUGAAAUAGGGACCAAACCUUCCUGUAAUGCUACAAUACAAACUUCAGCAUUUCAGACUAAAUAUUCAAGUUGAUUAAAUAAAAAUCUAAGCUUAUAGCUUUACUGGAAGUGAAGCGUAACAUGCAAUUUUAUUUGUGUUGAUCAAUAGAUGCAAAGUUGAAAAUUUAUGGUUCAUUUUACAUCUUUGUCCACCAAGUCCCCUUCCAUCCUAAAGCCCAGUGCUCCCCCAUCCACAGAUCAACAUUCUGUCAUAGUAUUUUUAGAAGCUUGUUUCCCAUCCAGUGGGAAACUUAAACCUUUUAGAUAAUGUGAUUUUUAGAUGUAAAUAUUCCAGAUGUACAAAUGUAUAAUUGAUUUGAUUGGAGACAUAUCUGUGUUUAUGGAAAUGUAUUAGGCCUAUAACGUACAUUGAUAUGUGCCAAAACAUAGUUGCUUUACAUUUUCGUUUUGACUCACAAGCUAUAUAUCUAUUUUAUGAUGAAGACUGAAGCUGUCUCCAUGGUGACACAUUCAGACCUAGGAUAUGCAGUUAAUGAACUUUCUACCUUGCCCAGGUGAAUCGCAUCCCGAGCCCUGCUGUUGUUAAUGUAUGCAGAUUAAUGAUAUUGUAUAGAUACAUAUAUAUUAAAAUACUGUACAGAGGUGUACAGUGGUUCACAGUAAGUUCAUUGUAAGUCAUAAUAACUAAUUUUCUAUGUGAAGAGAUGUGUAUUUUAGGGUGAAGGUAGAGGCAUACUCUCACAGUGCUGCAUGAAAAACACUUCGUAGUUUGUGGACAAUGACUUUGUGUACAGAAUCAUUUGUGUAUUCCCUAACAGUGCAGGGUGUGAGAUACAGAGACAAAGGCUGUUGAUUGACAGUAUUUAUAAAUAAAUUAUAAAAAUUGA